CUCCUGGGCGUCGCGGGCGCUCCAUGGUGACCUGAAGACUGCACCCCUGUCCAGGCCAGUCCGCGUGGAGUCGCGCGAUCCGCGAGCGCUCGUGGCGGCCUGGCAGUCGGAGAGGCUGCUGGUCAUCGACCUCAGGGCCGUGGCAGUGGUCCGUCAGCUUCUUCUGUCGGAGGUUGCCGCGCCGCGUGUUUUCGUGUCUGCCCCUGGCGCGCGCCUCUUCGGCUUCACUGCCGCAGACGCCAAGGCCACGAGAGGCACCCUCGGCGUGUGGAGCAUCGCCGACUUCAUCGCUGUCACGGAGGCGCCAGAGGAUCCGAAGGAGUGCCCGAUCACCGUACGGAUGGGCGAGACAGAGUCAAUAACGUCAAUUGUGCUCAUCGUUGAUGUCGGCCUCUUGGCAGCCCACUCCAAGGUUCCCGAUGGGAUUUCCGUGUGGGACACCCAUACGGGCGCUCAUUUGUAUCGCGUGUGGCCCACGCAGAUAGGCACCGCGCUCGUGAUUCACAAGGGCCUUGGCGAGCACAGCAUCCUCUGGUCCUCUACUGGCGGUGAGGUGGGACAUAUUGCGUGGAACAAAUGGACGUCACAGAUAAAGAUUGUCAAAGCUGAGGAUGGUGCUCCAGGUUUCGCAAUGAAGGAUCACGCUAUGAUGGUUGUCGAGACUGCGCUUUUCUUAUCCACAAGUACCAGCUGAUAUCGUUUUGCAUCCCGUAUGUGGCCGAGUCCAGUGGGCGCCGCCUUCCAGCCGUCGAUGAAGGCAUGGAGCCUUCGGCAGCCUUCCCUUGGCCAGACCUCUUUCACACAGGGCCCGUUCAGUGGGCCGCAAAGAUUGGUGCCUGCUUGCGGUGGGGCAUUGCCAUUCAGGUGCCGUACAUGACGCAGUUGUGCGUUGCCAGUGGUCUUGUUGUCACGUUCGCAUGGAUGUUCUAUGUGCAGGAAGCCGUCGAGGCCAGAGCGUACCUUCAUCCAGAAUCUUGCUUGUGGCCGAAAGUCUUUGCACUCAUGCAACUGAUUGUCAAGGCGAUCGUAUCAGUUGCGACCUUACCACUGUUCACUAUAUUUAUGUACUCGGCGGCUUGCGACGGGGAUGUCUUGAUGAUGGACACUUCCAUCGAGUGUGGAAAUGCCGCGCAUGCUGGCCUCAUGGCCCUUUCCGCCCUCAGUCUUCUAGUCCUCGGCGUUUUCACUGUUCGCUACUUCCGUGUGGAUCAGGAGCUUCGUAACAUCGAUGCGAGGUGGAACUUGUUCGACGUCUCUGGCGACACCGUGCCCACCACCAGGACGCCGAAACACGCGUUGUUUACCGUGUCUCGAACAUACGCGCUGGCGGAGAUCGCAGUCAAGUACGCGUUCAAUUUGGUGCGCAGGUUUUGUAGCACUAGCAUUCUGGGCGGUGUGCUGAAUUGCGCGCUGGCGCUGGCGAUGUGCAGCCUGUCUGUCUGGGCCAGCCCGCUGCCGGAGCGGCAGAGUCUGCACUGGCUCCAGCCCAACCAGCUGCUCUUUGCCGUCCAGGCGGGCGUGGCGUGGGUCUUCGUGAUCUGGAUCCUCGCCGCCCUGAUCGCCGAGGGGCACCUGGAGAGGGGCGCGUGGCUCGACUGCGCGCCGCCCUCGCUGCUCCUGGUCUGCCCCUGCGCCCUGCUCUCCCGGGCGGCGCUGCGGCGGAGGCCGCACCGCUGCUGGGGCCGCGGGCCGCGCGGCUCAGGGGCAGGCUCGCCAGAGGACCAGGAUGCUGUCGCUGCACCCCUGCUGCCGGCCUGUCAGGGCUGAGGUCGCGCGCGCGCGCCAGGUCGCGCCAUGCCCCGGAGAACGUGGGCGGCAGGCUGUUGCGGGUGCAGCUUCGGCGGCAGGGUUUGGCAUUGCCGCGCCCUGCGCUGCCUGCACACGAUCUCCAGCCGCCGCGCCACCAGAGUCUUGCCAGGCUUCUGGGGAGCGCGCCUGGGGCCCCUCGUGAUGCCAAGUACGUAUGCCCUCUUUUGGAAGGCGCCUCGUUUCUGAGCUCGAGUGGUUGAGCAUCAGCUCUUUGCAUCGCUCGGACGUGUGCAUUUUUGCUUCGGCGGGG